CGCUAAAUUGUUUUUUUUUCGAGAGCUGCAGCUCAUUCAGGAAAAGGUGAAAAUACUUUUAACUGAAAAUUUGCUAAAAUAUGGCAUCGAAUUUGGGUCGAGUUGUCGCUCGACGAUUUUCGGCUUUACCUGCAGGUGCAAAACCUGGUGAUUAUGGCGAGAGUGCCGCUAAAGGAGAAAAAUUGUGGAAAAUGAUUUCACUUUUUGUCGCUGUACCUGCAGUUAUAGUAACUGGUGCUAUUAAUUAUUAUGAGCAUGUGAACCAUGAGCACCACAGGCCCGAGUUCAUUCCCUAUGAACAUUUGCGAAUUCGCAACAAGCCUUUCCCUUGGGGAGAUGGUAACCACAGUCUCUUUCACAAUAAACACAGGAAUCCUCUUCCAACUGGCUACGAGGACUAAAAAUCGUAAGAAUCAAGAUAGAUUUAUUCCAUAAAUAUUAUGUAGUUAUUAUAUUUAAAAGCAAAACAAAAGAAAUAAUUAGCAUUAUAUCUUAAAAUUGUCCAAAUAAACUUAAAAAAAAACGAAUUUCUUUAAAUGCCGUAAAAUUGA